CGGAUACCGUAUUCCGUUCCACCAGCAUGGGCCGGACGUGGGGCAAGUGGUCCGAGCAUGACGCUGGCGAUGGCUGGAAGUACUACCACGACGCCGAGGCCAACGAGAGCAUGUGGGAGAUGCCCAUUGAGGUCCGUGAAGAGCUCGGCGAGAUGGACGACAUGAUGAAGACCGCGCUGGCCUUCUCGGGCGAGUGGGGCGUCUUUGACGCGGGCUUUGGCACGCUCUACUACUUUCACCUGCCAAGCCGGGCGUCCGUGUGGGAGCGCCCCGACGACUGGGGCAGCGCGCCCGAGAUGUCGUACGCACAACUCGCCAUUUUGCGCGAGAACGAAGCGGCCGCCGAGCGCGCCGCCGCCGACGCGCUCCGUCGCAAGGAGCGCUUUGCGCCACCCAAAGCGCCCGCCAAGACCCCGCUGCCACCGCCUGUCGUGGCUGCGCCGCCGCCGCCCCAAGAAGAGACGGACGAAGAGAAGAAGCUGCACAUGGAGCGCAUCGAGGCCUUCCGCGCCAUGCUCCGCGAGAAGGGCAUUUUGCCGCACUUCAAGUGGGACGGCGCGCUGCCCCGCAUCGCCGUCGACGACCGCUUCCGCGCCAUCGCCGACAUGGACGAACGCCGGGCCAUCUUCGAACACUUUAUCAAGCACCGCAAGGCCGAGAUCGCGGCCGAGAUGAAGCGCAACGUCAAGAAGGCGCGCAAGGCGUGGGCCUCCUUUGUCGAAGCGACGCUCCACGCGAUGCCCUUGGCGCAGAUGUCCAAGAAGAAGGCUAGUUUUGAGCAAUUCCUCGGGACGCUGACCGACAACGCGUCGUUCCAGGCGAUGACAACCACAGUUCUCAACGUGCUCCCGCUGGCCGUGCAAGAGUCGGUUUACCAAAAGCAGUUGGACGCUUGGUAUCCGAAAGCGAUGCACCGCCGCCUCGAGUACAAGCGGCUGCUCGACCUCUGGAGCGACCACAAGAAGGCGGUGGUCGACGCCGACGAGUACACGGACCCGGCGAUCGCCAAGCUCCGAACCCAAGUCGACAUUACCGUGCUCUCGGCGAUCGACGAAGAAGAGAUUUUUGCGACUUGCCAAGAAGACUUUCGAAAGGAAGAGGAAGACCGAGCGGCGCGCGAAGCGGCGUUCAAACAGGACGCCGCCGACCGCCUCGAACGACAGGCCGCUGCGCGCGAAGAAGCCGCGCGGGAAGCUGCCGCCCGACGCUCGCCGUCGCCAGCACGGCCCAGUCCUCGUUCUGAGUCGCGUCGGUCGCCGUCACCUCGCAGCCGCCGGUCGCCUUCGCCCCGUAGCCGCCGGUCGCCUUCGCCCCGUAGUCGCCGGUCGCCAUCACCACGCAGUCGUCGGUCGCCGUCGCCGCGCGGUCGUCGCUCUUCCGUGUCGCGGGAUCGCCGGUCCGUGUCGCCCGGUGGCCAUCGCCCCCCGUCACCGGACCGUCGGCGCAGCAGUCGACGGCGCAGUCGGUCGCGAUCACCGGACCGCCGUCGCCGGCGUCGGUCGUACUCGCGCUCGUCGUCGCGGGACCGCAAGAAGCAUGCGCGUCGUUGACCUCAACUCGCUGUCGGCAGAUGGUGUACAAAGAUCACGUUGGCACUCGUAUGGUCGUGGCAGCUGGUACUCCACCUGUUUCCUCUUGUACUGG